GACCCUGUAUUGUGAGCUGUUACGUAUACCAGCCUUGAUACUUCUAACACGAAGAGGACUCGGUCAGAAUAUACGAACCACAUCACAGAUCAUGGAGAUCGUCGAGGACUAUGUUUGCAACGGAAAUAAUAUGCAACGUCGUGACGCUCGGGACGUUAUAGACGAAUUUAAUUAUGAAUUAUCUAAAAUGCGAGGAAAAUGUCUCGAUAUCGGAUCAGGCCCGGGAGACAUUACCAAGGAGAUGUUACUUCCGCUCUUGCCACACGAUGCGGACGUAGUAGGCGUAGAUGUAUCUCAAGCGAUGGUGAAUUACGCCAGUGAGAAAUAUAUUGAUGAGAAACGAUUGUCCUUCAUUGUUCUGGACAUCGAAACAUCGGAGUUGCCAAGUGACCAAGUCGAGCAGUAUGACAAUGCCGUAUCGUUCUAUUGCCUACAUUGGUGUAAUGAUAUAUGGCGCGCCUUAGACAAUAUUUACAAGCUGCUACGACCAAAUGGAAAAGCGCUCAUGAUGUUUCUUGGAUAUCAUUCUGGAUUCGAGGCGUAUUUACGACUCAAGCAGUAUCCACGAUAUCAAUCUUACCUCCAGGAUGCGCGCCGUUACGUACCGUAUUUCCAAAGGAGAAUGUGCAAAGACGUCAGGGCAAGUCUGCGAAAAAUGCUCGAGGACGUUGGCUUUGAAAUUGUGCACUGCAGCAAAAGGGAGAAAAGUUAUGAGUAUAGUAAACAGAGCCUCAAAAACCACGUGUGCGCUGUUAAUCCUUUUAUCAAGCGUAUCCCCGAUGAUAUGAAAGGCGAAUUCGUGGACAACCUGCUAAGCGAAAUAAUGAAUCAGAAUGUUCUGACCCCGCUUAAAAAUAAAAACAGCCAACAAGAUUAUUUAAUAUUGAGAUAUUAUCUCCUGAUAGCGUAUGUACAAAAACCGUCAUCAGCUGUCUGA